AUGGCGGUGGACAUCACGCUGCUAUUCCGGGCCAGCGUCAAGACCGUGAAGACGCGGAACAAGGCGCUGGGAGUGGCGGUGGGCGGCGGGGUCGAUGGCAGCCGGGAUGAGCUGUUCCGCCGGAGCCCUCGGCCCAAGGGCGACUUCUCCAGCCGGGCCCGCGAAGUGAUUUCUCACAUUGGCAAACUGAGAGAUUUUCUUCUGGAACACAGGAAAGAUUAUAUUAAUGCUUAUAGCCAUACCAUGUCUGAAUAUGGGAGGAUGACAGACACAGAACGAGACCAGAUAGACCAGGAUGCCCAGAUAUUCAUGAGGACCUGUUCAGAAGCAAUUCAACAACUACGAACAGAAGCUCACAAGGAGAUACAUUCCCAGCAAGUGAAGGAGCACAGGACCGCUGUUUUGGAUUUCAUUGAAGAUUACUUAAAAAGAGUAUGUAAACUUUACUCAGAACAGAGAGCCAUCCGAGUUAAAAGAGUGGUUGAUAAGAAAAGAUUAGCCUUUGCUGGAGGCAUAAAAGAAGGACAGGCGUACCUCGGAGAUAUCACAGGUGUGGUUCCAGACAGCAACAAAGUGAAUAUCACAAUAAAAUCUAAGCUGGAACCAGAACCAAAUACAAAGACAAGAGAAUCCACAUCUUCUGAGAAAGUUUCACAGAGUCCUUCAAAAGACUCUGAAGAAAACCCUGCCACUGAAGAACGUCCAGAUGCUAGGCACGGUCCUGGACAUAUCACAGAAAUUACAGAAAAGAUUUUGGCUGAAACACAACCUGAACUGGGAACGUGGGGAGAUGGCAAAGGCGAAGAUGAGUUAUCCCCAGAAGAAAUACAAAUGUUUGAACAGGAAAAUCAGCGACUAAUUGGUGAAAUGAACAGCUUGUUUGAUGAAGUGAGGCAAAUCGAAGGGAGAGUGGUUGAGAUUUCCAGACUCCAAGAGAUAUUCACGGAAAAGGUUUUGCAACAGGAAGCUGAGAUUGAUAGCAUUCACCAGUUAGUUGUGGGGGCAACGGAAAAUAUCAAGGAAGGCAACGAAGACAUAAGAGAGGCCAUUAAAAACAACGCUGGCUUCCGCGUGUGGAUCCUCUUCUUCCUCGUGAUGUGCUCCUUCUCCUUGCUCUUCCUCGACUGGUACGACAGCUAGCCUGGGCCACGGGGGCCAAGCACGAGAGUCCUCAUGGGCGCUCACAGACUGCGUGCUUUCAUGUACCUCCGGUGCUGCAGCAUGGUAUGACCAGAUUUUAUCACAAUGUCAUUUGAAGGGAAAGAGGUUCAGACAGACAGAUGUAUUCCCCAAAAAGGGAUACCCCAGGCCGAUGGUGUUCAGCCCAUUCAGCAGCUGAAAAAGAAAACAGUGCACACCAAUGGGAGGCAGCCUGUGUAGCCCUCAUCAGGCAAGACAGACUGAAUGAGGGAGCUGGUGAUUAGCUGCUCCUGAACUUGAGGCUGCCUUGGCAGGGGGGCUGCUCCAGUAGCAGGGGCACAGCAGGCCUCGAGAGCCCCUAAUUGUCUCAGGGUUCAAAGGAAAACAAACACUGACCUUUCCCAUCCCGGUAGCUUCAGGGAAGAUCAUAGUUAAUAACGUCUCUCAACAAAUGAUUACUUCUUUGUUUCCUUGUGGCUUCUUGUCUGUCUGAGUCAACCAAUACACAGACUCCCUGGAUUAUAGAAGAGAAAAUUCACAUCUGACUUGUUAAUCUAAUAAAUAUAAUUACAGCCCCUUAAUGUGUUGUCAAUGAGUCUAAGUUGAGAAAUUCAGUGGCAGCCCAGCCGUCUCCUAUCAGGGAAGAAAUGCAGGGGAGACUGGGGCCCUCAGUGAGGGGCUGCCUGGCGUGACUCCUCCAAAGACUGCUGCCCCCAGAGCAGGCAGGGGGUGUGGGAGGGCCAGUUUCCCACCACUGGGUCCAAGGAGCCUUUGUUCAAAGGAGGAAGUGGGCCACGGAAGAACGGGCCUGCUUCUCUCAUGCCUGUGCUUCUGACCUCCGGGAAGUGUAAACAGGAACACCUAUGUGUAAUUGAAGGCAUGAGACGUCUGUGCAGAAAGCAUCCCAGCGCCCACAUGGGCAUGAGACAGUCUGCACUGCGCCUGGUGAAAUGCGUGUGUGUACAGACAGUCCACUGGGCAGCACGGGUAUCCUCGUGUUCUUUAUUUGCACAGAGUGAAAUGUCAGAAGUUACAUGUAAAUGAAUUCACAGUCAAUAAAGUCCACAUCUACUGGGAAA